GUUUGCAGCAGACCGCCCGGGUAGACGCGGAGUACAGCCGCUCCAUAACGCCUGAUGUUUGUGGAUCACGCGUCUGAUAACGGCAUCGUUUCAAGGCUUUUACAUCGACACAGCACCCCGCGGCAUUUGUGCGCCAUUUAUUCUCCUUCGUCCGCCACUGAUGAUGAAGUACGCGAGCGCGGACGGGCGGUUAUGGGAUAACACCGCGCGUUUUCAUUAAAUUACAUUUCUGAAGAGCGAUCCAUCCUUCUGCCGUUCAUAUUUUAGGAGCACAAACAUUCCUCUCCAUGCAUUGGACGUAGAGUUCCGGAACGCAGAAGAGUUUGCGGCGCGUCGGACGGGAAACCAACAGUUUUUACAAACACUCGGACCGAUUAUCGGCGUCGCGUCGGUACCGUGACACACACGUUUUGAUAUACGGAUGUAUUCUUCAAAGCGCUAGUGUCUUGGAAUGAUGCGCACGUUGCCAAACGCACACAGAUGUUGAGAAGUAACCUGGCUAUGACGCUGCAGUUCGGGGGAUUAUUGGAUCAGAUAUGCGUUGUUUUCUUCACUUUGCGCUAAAAACUUCAGUGUUGCACUUUGAUCAUAUGUGAGAUCAUUCAUCAUCCCUAUCAUUUUUAGUCAGCAGUGGGUUUGGAAGCACAUUGAUGCUUGCUUUGUAAUGUAAAGCAAUCAGGCGUUUUAUGUAUUUCUGCAUGUGCAUAAAUAUUAAACUGAUUUCAUUUUAAGUCCAUAAAGUUUCAUUUUGGUUUCCGUUAAGCAUCUUCAUAAGCAUCAUUAUCUUGUGCUGGGAAGCGCAUGUUAUUAUUUAUUCAUUUGAGGAAUAUUGGUUGUGUGUAACACUAUUUUUUGUUGCCACAUAGUUUCGCUUUAGUUUCUUUAUGAGAUGUUGCAUAAGUAAAGCGAUAGGAAGCGGUUAAAAUGGAACACUGAUGCGCAAUGACGCUUCUUGCUGUGCAAAUUUGUUGACGCAACCUGUGGACUCUUAAAUCCAUAGAUCUGGAAAGAAUCAGUCGCUUUGACCAGUGGAAGGUUGAGGUUGCACAACCCUGUUGUUGUCUGUGCUUUCUAAACGCACGGUUUGGAGCAGACAUAUAGUGGAUAUAUCAAGUAACCGUGCGCAACGUGAAUAGUGGAAAGUUUCGAUGGUGUUUCGAAAGUUACCCGGUGUCUCAGCAUCGGGCAUGGGGCUUCGUCUCUCUCAGAAAUUCGUCUUUCUUCUCUUUCUGUCGGGUUUGGUUACUCUGUGCUUCGGGGCACUUUUCUUUCUACCCGACAGCGUGCGCCUAAAGCGCAUCUUUCUUUCCAAAAAUGAGAAUCCGGCGGUGACCGUGGGAUCCGAGAGCGAUGCCCGGGAACUUUCAAAAAAGGUGCCCGGAGACCAAGAGCACCAACGGGCGUCUUUAAAGGGCGCCGAGGCGAAUGGUAAACUGAAAGUGAGCCGUAAGCCUUCAGUGACCCAUGGAGCGAGAACUGUGGAGAGGUCUGUUAGGACGCAGGACGACUGGACCCCGGCGAGGGCGCAUGAACCGGCGGCUAGGGAAGAGCGGGUAACCUCGCCUGCUCAUCACGGGCAACAGAACUCUGGAUUCAACUAUGAGACUUUUAAAAAGUGUCUGCUGAAAGCACCUUUGGGGACGGAACGUGGAAAGCCAUCGGAUCCUCAGACUCUUCAGAGGAGAGAGAAGGUCAAAGAGAUGAUGAAGUUUGCCUGGGACAACUAUAAAAGUUAUGCAUGGGGCAAGAAUGAACUUCGACCCCUGACCAAGAAUGGACACAUUGGGAAUAUGUUCGGUGGUCUUCGAGGGGCUUCUAUCGUGGAUUCUCUGGACACACUUUACAUCAUGGGUCUGAUGGAUGAAUAUGAAGAAGCGAAGGAAUGGGUCCAAAACCUUGACCUUAACUCUAACGGAGAGGCGUCUGUGUUUGAGGUGAACAUUCGUUACGUUGGCGGUCUUUUGUCUGCCUUCUACCUGACCGGAGCUGAGAUAUUUAAACAGAAGGUAGUGGAGUUGGGCGAGAAGCUCUUGCCCGCUUUCAACACGCCAACUGGCAUUCCCCGAGGAGUUAUUAACCUGGGCAGCAGUGGCACCAGUUGGAGUUGGGGAUGGGCGUCGGCCGGGAGCAGCAUCCUGGCGGAGUUCGGCACGCUGCACCUGGAGUUUCUUCACCUGUCUGAGCUUUCUGGAAAUCCGACUUUUACUGAGAAGGUGUCAAACAUUCGAAAGCUGUUAAACAAAAUUGAGAAACCUCAUGGCCUGUAUCCCAACUUUCUGAGUCCCGUCAGUGGAAACUGGGUACAGCAUCAUGUUUCUAUCGGAGGUCUUGGUGACAGUUUCUAUGAGUACCUCAUUAAAUCCUACUUGAUGUCAGACAAGACCGAUGAAGAAGCGAAGAAGAUGUACUACAGCGCUAUGGAGGCCAUCGAGACUAACCUGGUACAGAAGUCUCCGGGCGGGUUAACAUACGUGGCAGAGUGGAGGGGCGGCAUCCUCGACCACAAGAUGGGUCAUCUGGCCUGUUUCUCAGGUGGGAUGAUCGGCAUUGGUGCUGAUGAUGGACCUCAGGAGAAGAAACAACAUUACCUGGACCUGGCAGCUGAGAUCACUCACACCUGUCACGAGUCUUACAGUCGCACAGCCACUAAACUCGGACCAGAAGCGUUUCGCUUUGACGCAGGAGCAGAAGCGACAGCCACACGACUGAGUGACCGUUAUUACAUCCUGAGACCAGAGGUCAUUGAGAGUUACAUGUACAUGUGGCGUCUGACCCAUGACCCCAAAUACAGAGAGUGGGGAUGGGAGGCUGUGGAGGCAUUAGAAAAACACUGCAGGGUUGAUGCGGGUUUCUCGGGUAUCAGAGACGUCUACGCCUCUACAGUCAGUCAUGACAAUAUGCAGCAGAGCUUCUUUCUCUCCGAGACCCUCAAAUACCUGUACCUGCUGUUUUCGGACGACGAUCUGUUGCCCUUUGAGGAUUGGGUGUUUAAUACAGAAGCUCACCCACUGCCCGUCAUACGCAAGAGCUGUCAACUGGAGCACAACACCAGACAGACGUCUCUGGAGUAAUAUUUACCAUUCCACACAUGUAAACACACACACACUCACACAUCUAAAUGCUGGGCCAUGACCUUACGGGCCCUAACGUGAACUAUCAGAUCUUUUACUGUAAAGGAUCUGCUCCUCUAUACGCUGUGAUUGUAUAUCUCUGAGCCGCGACACCGGCUUUAUUUUCCUGUGGACAAUCAGUGACACGUGACUGUCGUGAGAAGAGAACGUUGUUUUCUUUGCUUCUUUCCUCCGUGAGGAAAACAAACAAACGUGCGGCCCUGGAGCCGCGGAGGGUCAUGCUGAGCGACAGAAAACCACUUUUCUUCACAUCCCACCUGUAAUUUAUCUUUUCUUUCAUCCUUUCAUUGUGUAUUCGGUUCUUGCCUUCUUCUGCCAAAGCCUUUAGCAUCUUUAUUUCAUUUUCUCUCCCAGCGUUUUUCAGUUUUUUAUGUCUAAUUUUGUGGCAUGAUUCGUUUUAGAGGCAAUGAAAGAACAGACUUAAGAAAAGUUUCCUUUGAAAAAUGUGAGUAUGAAAGGUGAAUUGAAAUGUACGUUUGGUUUAAACAGGAAGCUGAUCAUUUAAAAGACCAAUAUCAGAAUAAACAAAGACAUUUACAGCAUGUGACCAAUAGAGCUGAGACAUAAACUCACAAUCAAUUCAUUAUCACCAUAUUUAUAGUAUAUAUGGGUAAAUAUUGCUCUUUGUUACUAUAAACAUUGUUGAAGACAAGGAUUUUGCUGUGUUUUUAUUAAUACAUUAACCCUUAUGGGUUGUUGAGGCCAUUUUUGUUCUUUUAUGUCUUAAUUUGGCCUAUGUCUUAAAUUGACACAUAUUUUGAUGCUGCACAAAAACUAAAAAUACAUCAAAGCCAAUGUUUUUUUUUUUUACCAAUCUUUGGCAUGACCUAGACUGUGAAAAAGGUAAAAAAAAUUCCAGUCCACAAUCACUUUUUAUAUUGAAAAUCGGUCAAUUUGUGUUUUUUCCCCAAAUCAGUUAUGAACUUGGCAAUUAAAGAGUUAAAAACAUGGAAAUUUUGUAAACAUUUGAUAGUUUUGAUCAGUACUGAGGUUGAUUAACAGAUUUAAAAAAAUAUUUAAAAAAUAAUUUAAUGAAUUUUUACAGCCGUUUAAUUUAGUGGCCGUUCUUGUACACGGACAACCCGAAAGGGUAGUGAAUUUGAACAACCCACAAGGGUUAAACAUUUUGAAUCUUUUUUUGAUUAAUUCUUUCCCCGCAGUUUCCUGCCAAUAACAAGUUUUAAGGGCAAACCAUAUUUUGACAACUUACACAACUUAUAAAACACUAAAGCAUCCACUGAUCCAAAAACUCUGUUUAUGUUUUGAUCAAUGCUCUGAAUUAAAAGUCCUUUACAGAAAUGCAAUCUUAAAAUUUUAUCAUUUUGAAGAAACCUUAUCACAUUUGGAAGGUGAUUUUUUUAUGAUAGCAGGAGGGUCUGUUCUUUCAUUUGAUAUGUUUAUAUAUUCAUAGAAGAA